AUGCAUUUGCAACCCUUUGCCAUUGUGAUUAUCUUGCUGUGUGAGGUGAUCAAAAUGGGCUCUGGCGCCGUGCAGAAGCAAAGUGCUCACAGAGACACAUCACACGAUUGUCGAAGCUGUCUGGAGUGUUCCCGGGACAACGGCUGUGUGCGUUGCCCCGAGCGACUCUUCCUGUUCCUGCAGAGGGAUGGGAUGUCUCACCAUGGGACCUGUCUCCACGCCUGCCCCCCUGCACACUUUGGACAGAGAGGGAAGGACAUCAACCGCUGCAUGAGGUGUCGCUCUUUGGACUGUGAGCACUGUUUCGACCGGGAAUUCUGUACCAAGUGUAAACCAGGUUUCAAGAUGUCCAGCGGCAAGUGUGUGAAACACUGCCCGGCAGGAACCUACGCCCACCAAACUGACUGCCUUGAGGACGGUCUCUUGGCUCCAUUGGGAGAAUGGAGCGAAUGGAGCGCCUGUCUCCGUGAAGGCGUCACCUGCGGCUUCAGGUGGGGCAAGCAGACCAGGACCCGGAUAGGCGGGCCGUCCGGGAGAACGCCUGAAGAGAAGGCAGCAUCACUUUGUCCGUCGCACAGCGAGACACAGAGGUGCAGGAUGAAGAAAAAGUGUCCCACAGGGGUCUCCGUAGCUUUCCAUCCAUCAGAAAGAAGACAGAAUAAAAAAGGAGGAUUUGGGAGGAAGAGGAAACGACAGCGGCUGCUCGCCAACGACACCGCUGGAAACUCAGUGAACGCAACGACAGAGAGCGCCAUGGAGCAUGAGGAGGCCUGAGGAGAGGAGGCAUACUGCGCACCCCCCACCCAACACCUGUCGGAACAUCCGUCAGCAG